UUGGACAAGUAUUUAAAGGUGGUUUUGUUGUUUACAGCAAUGAAGCCAAAAGCAAAUUAGUCAAGGUUUCUCAAAAAACCCUCCAAGAACAAGGAGCUAUUAGUGCCCAAUGUGCUGAGGAGAUGGCUUCUAACACUCAACAAUUAUUAGGGACUGACUUAGCCAUUAGUUUUACGGGCAAUGCCGGAUCUACUACCCAAGAAAAUAAACCAGUAGGUUUGGUAUAUAUUGGUUUGGCUAUUAAAGGUGCUUUAAUUAGUAAAGAAUAUCAGUUUUUUGGUUCACGGAGAGAGAUUCGCCGGCAAGCAGUAGAAACCGGAAUUAUACUAAUUAAGGAUAAUAUAUCGUUGCUAAAAAAUAACUAA